AUACCCACUGACCAAGGGUUGGUGGCACGGCGGGCGUAUCGGGUCAAUAAUGGUGUUUGCUCGUCUACCAGGAGUGGAUACGGGCUCACAUCAACCCAUAAAACAACCCGACAUGGCGGAAAAAGAUCCUGUACCUACAGCUGAAGAGUCUGUCCUUAACUCGCUCUCUACAAAUAUGCCAAAUGAACCUAAAAUUGAAAAUGCUCAACGCCUGACAGGAUUUGGUAUUGGUGCCCUCAGCAUGCUUGCUGCUCAAGCUGCAACACACCCCUUCCUGGUCUUCAGACGUCAAUGCCAGGUUAAUGGCAACGCCCAACGCUACCAUGUGACACCAUUCUCAGUUUUCCAGGUUAUGAUAAAACUGGAAAGAAAACAGGGUGCUAGCUGCUUGUGGAAGGGUUAUGGCAGUACAUAUAUUGUCUGUGCUGUCAACUUUUUUAGUGAAGCAGCUAUUAGCGCAGUGACACAACUUCCACAGGAUAAGCCAUCUUCUGAGAUGUCAAUGAGUGAAGUUGCCUCUCACCUGUUGCUGAAGUGUCUUGGGCUGAUUUUUAGUAUGCCCAUUGCUGCUGCAAGUCUGGUGGAGACAGUCAAGACUGAACGUAUAAAAGAUGGCUAUGGUGUCAUAGAUACCUUUAAAGAUGGGCUGUACCGCCUAGUGGGGUGGAAUCGGUCAUCUGGACGUCAUGGCAGGCUACUACCCAUGUGGACCAUUGCUGCGCCUACCAUCCUACACGGGAUGCUACACUAUCUUGUGGAGUCCAUUAUUCAGCACCUUGUGCUCAUUAAAAUGGGCCAUACUGGACUAUAUGGAGACUGUAACGAGGACCCGCCCCCCACAAGUGACAUGACUCAAAGUUAUUACCCCGAACUUGUUGCCAACUUUAUGGCGUUUGUGGUCCCAGAUCUGAUACUCUACCCUUUUGAGACUGUCUUGCAUCGUCUGUACAUUCAGGGGACAAGAACAAUCAUAGAUGACUUGGACAAUGCAGCAGAUGUCAUACCCUUGAGCACAAAUUAUUUCUCAAUGUUGGACUGCUUUCGCACCAUUUAUCAGCAGGAAGGUAUCUUUGGCUUCUAUAGAGGUUUUGGUGCCUUGCUUAUUCAAUGUGUGGUCUACUUUGUCAUCCUGAAAAUAACCAAAGUGGUGUAUGUACGGCUGUCACAGGAUUUCCAGGGGAAGACUGAGUAGAAUCUAGCCAUGGAUGUAAACAGGCACUCCAAGAAAUUGUCAUAUAUUGUGUUGCUACUGUGAAUUUUGCUGACGUGAGGUUAAUUGAGUGUGGCUAUGUGAAGCUAGGUGUUUGGUUUCUUGUGGGCAAGGCACAAGAGUCUGUAUAUAGAGAUGCAGAUUUCAAAUUCGAAGAGGGAGAAUGAUCUUUAUACCAGAGUGGUGGGGAACCUCGGCUUUGAACAACCCAAAAUGCCACACCCUCAAUUCAAAACCACAAAUACACUGUGAAAGUACAUUAUGGUUAACUCCUUUCUAUGAACAGAAAGAUUGUAAUUAUGGCAUUUCGAAACAAAAUAACCCCGCAAAAUCAAAACCUGUUGUACGGCCUUUCAUGCUUGUAUCAGUACUACCCCUGGGGUCAAGCAUCUAGGUAAAGUUUAUUUUAAAAAUCAUGGCCACAUUUGCACAGCUCUGUAAACAGUAAGCAAAUCUAUUGUUGUGGCCCACUUGCCCCAAAUUAACAACAGGCAAGGAUGAAAGACAAAAUUAUUAGUUGUAAAAAAACAGUAUAACCCAAUAAAAGAGAUGUCAAUUGCU